AUGGGCAGCGCAGUGUCUGUCUGUCCGUCUGGCUGGCUGGCUGGGUUGGCCUUGUUUUGUUUCGUCCGGUUCUGGAACGUCCCACGACGGGACCCGUCGAAAAGACUGGUUGCUGGCUCAGACGCUGCUGCUUCUUCUUCUUCUUUUUCUUCCUCGAGACCUCCACAGCGUCAACGAAAGCCCUUCGUCCUGAGCGGGCGGUUGUCCGUCGAGACUCACUUCCUCUGCCUCGUUCAGGUGCGCGAGGAGCGUCUGUCACAACGAGGAGACGAGACGUCCGAGCUCGAUGUUGGCGGAGAAGACGCAGGAGAUCGGACAGCGAACGAGCCAGGCCAGGAACAAGAUCGUCGUUCUGUCAGGAACGGGGAGGGAGCGCGCUGA